AUGGCUUUCGAUCUCUGGACUUACCAGUUCUGCCUUGCCUGCGACAAACAGGUGCAAUCUGACGCUGCAGCCUACUGCUCUGAGCCUUGCCAGAUGAUAGACUCCGAAAGGGCAACAUUGCCGCCCAACUCGCAAGUGAGCUCCCCUGGAUUCCCUCCGUCUCCCACCAAGUUCUAUGUCUCCCGGGCGUAUGACCUAAGUACCGCACGAUCCUGCGAGACUACGGCUCAGAAAAGGCCCUGGAUCCAUUCUAUGGUGCCCGGCACUGAGCAGCCUUGGCUCCAUGCUGAGUACGUUCUCCACCCACGAGGCAGGUCACCUGUCAAACAAGGCGAGGAUGGAACUGCGAGCAUACGCUAUCUUAUUCGAGCAGGCGACAGUGCAGCGGAGGCGGUCUUACUAGCCCGCAUUGCUGCGAUGUCUUGCGUUCAGCCGAUAUACUGCAUCAUGUCUAUGUAUAUCUCAAACGGCGGGCCCGAAGCCGACUGGGAGGUUUAUGCGACGACAGAGAACGUGACUCAUUCCAAACUCGCUCGUCGGGCAACAUAUAAUCACAAUACCUACCUCACUACGCCACUUUUCUCGGCAACUUUUGCUGCAACAAGACGGUAA